AUGGCGCACAAGGAAAGAAGUAACAAAUUAUUUUUGUUGAAAUUAUUUGUAUUUUCCAGCGUUCUUGUCGUUUGUCACUCUCAAUAUCAACCAACAUGGGAAUCGUUAGACUCUAGGCCCUUACCUUCAUGGUAUGACGAAGCAAAAUUGGGCAUUUUCCUUCAUUGGGGAGUGUUUUCAGUUCCGAGUUUCGGGUCUGCAUGGUUUUGGUACGACUGGAAAGUAUUCAAAUAUCAAGGCUAUAUCGACUUUAUGAAGGAGAAUUAUAAACCAGGCUUCACUUAUGCAGAUUUCGCUAAAGAUUUUACAGCUGAAUUUUACCAGCCGGCCCAGUGGGCUAAACUUUUCAAUGAUUCGGGGGCAAGAUACGUGGUGUUGACCAGUAAACAUCAUGAAGGUUUUACAAACUGGCCAUCAAAUGUUUCAUUUAACUGGAAUUCGAUGGAUGUCGGACCUCAGAGAGAUCUUGUGGGUGAACUGGCCACAGCUAUUAGAGAAGGGACCAACCUCCAUUUUGGAUUGUAUCAUUCAAUGUUUGAAUGGUUUCACCCGCUUUAUAUAGAAGAUAAGGCCAAUAAUUUUACAACUACUCGAUUUGCUAAGGAGAAAGCUAUGCCUGAAUUAUAUGAAAUCAUAAACCGAUAUAAACCUGAGGUACUUUGGUCUGAUGGAGCUUGGCAGGCCCCAGACACGUACUGGGGGUCCAAGGAAUUUCUGGCUUGGCUCUACAAUGAUAGCCCUGUACGAGAUACUGUGGUAACCAAUGACAGGUGGGGUAAAGGAGAUAUGUGCCAUCAUGGUGGAUAUUUAACAUGUACCGAUAAAUACAACCCUGGAACGUUACAGAAGAGGAAAUUUGAGAAUGCAAUGACGGUAGAUAAAUAUGCCUGGGGGUACAGACGUAAUAUCCAGAUAGCUGAUAUUUUAACUAUUGAGGAACUCAUAGAGACUUUGAUCGAAACGGUCAGCUGUGGAGGUAACUUGCUGGUCAACGUUGGACCCACGAAAUCAGGGUUUAUAAUCCCAGUAUUUCAAGAACGACUAACUCAGCUAGGACAAUGGAUGAAUGUUAACGGUGAGGCUAUCUACAGCAGUAAACCAUGGAGAUUUCAGAAUGAUACUGUUACACCCAGAGUUUGGUAUACCAAACAGAAAACAACUGAAGGAGAUGUUGUGUAUGGAACCGUUUUAAAAUGGCCGACGUCCAACACCUUGAUUCUUGGAGCACCCAAGCCCAGUGGACAGACGCUGGUCAAUUUAGUGGGUUAUCCACAACCUAUUAACUGGAAAGCUGGAGCUACUGGUGGAAUAGAAAUCAUGCUACCAACUUUAACUAUUAAUACUCUACCCUCCAAAUGGGCCUGGGUGUUCAAGUUUACAAAUCUACAAAAUUGAUACUUAAACUACCAUGCUGAAUUUUUUAAUUGAUUUUUAAUUUUAACUAUUUUUCACAUAAUUAAGGUAGAUUAGAUUACUUCAAAUAGAUGUUAAUGCUUUCAACUAUGCUUAUAAAUGUUUACUAAAAAAUACACGUAUAGAUACAUUGAAAUCUAAUUUUUACUGAAUUUAAAAUUUAUAUUAGUGAUUGACCAAUCAGAUGUCAGCUUUCUGAAAGCGUGUCUCAAAUUCAAAUUAUGAUAAUCAGAAGCAAUUUAUUUCUAUUAAAGGGAUUGUGAAGAGGUUUUCUAAAUUUAUUCAUGUGUAGUGGGGACACUGAUAACAUCAGCUAAAACUAAGUGUUGGAUGAUGAUGCAAAUCGCAAAGAGCGAAUUUAGUAAAUGUCUUUAGAAUCUCUUUAAAACAGUGUUGGGUGUUAUAGAAGAUACUCUUCUAUAGAAGCACUGGCCAAGGUCACAAGUAUUAGGUGUUAUAGAUGAUACUCUCCUAUAGAAGCACUGGCCAAGGUUACCAGAAGAGAACAUACUUCUUUUACAUCAAUUAUCAAUUUGGGUAAUAAAGAUUAAAUGUUCUGUGCUGCAUGUAAAGAGAAAUUACUACAAUUCUGAAAAGACUGAAAUAAUACAAUGCUCACAAAAAAUACAAAAAAAUUGUUAAAAACACAUAAUGUAAUUGUUUCAGAGAGUUAAAGGAAUGGGGUCCCAAUUUACCAUGGAGAAUUACCAGUAAAAUAUUUACAAUAUGUGAUAAUGUCAUUUUUAUACUUCUGUAUGUUUUACAAAUUUUACAUUUCUAUUUUAUAUAUAUAUGUUAUUACUAAUGUCUUAAAAUUACCUAAAAUAAAUGAGAUUAAAUCAUGUAAAAAUAUUUUAUAUAUAUAUAUGUUUGUACUAAAACCUCAAAAUUACUUAAAAUAGAUAAGAUUAAAUCAUGUAAAAAAAAUGUAUUAAUAUAUAUUUUUACUAAUAUUUUAAAAUUCGGGUUUAAAAUUACCAAAAUAGAUGAUAUUAAAUCCAGGGUUCAAUUUAGAUUGAAGAAUUUGGUCAGCAAUUUAUGACCCAACACCAAAUUUUGACUCGCUAACUGCGAUGCGAUAUCGCUUAAAUUGAACCCUGCUUUUAUCAAAUCACACAAAUAAAUAAUAUUAAAUUGUUAAAAAUACAGUCUAAUAAAAUUUAGAUCAAACUUUCAUUCAGGUUAGGUCAAAAGGUUAUUGUGAGGAAUGUUUAAGAGGGCCGUCUUUAGACCCUUACAGAAGUGGCUAUAUAAAAAUAAAAGCUAAUAGAAAUACAAAAUGAAAAUUUGAUCUAAUUUAAAGUAGACUAGUAAAAAUACAGACUUCUAAAGUUCAUAUUUUAUUGUUUCAUUAUUUUGUUAUAUUAUUUUGUUAUCUCUCAGUUUGUUUAUAAUUUGUUUUGUUUAUGAGGUUGAAUAAAUUUGGUUUAUUUUUUUCA